AUGGAGUGGAUAUGGAGGUUGUUGUUCGCCUUGCUAACUGCUCUGCAGUUUACCACAUCUGUCGCCUCUCCUGUCUACCUGGCGCAGCAGACACCUCCUCACGCCGCUCUAACGAAGAGUGUCACGGUACCAGGUCCUCAACCGACCCCUGACGCUCCCAACGCAAUUUACAGAGACGCCCGCAGCACCAGCACACCAUUGCCACGACCAAAGCGGAACUGGAACGACCCUCCGUCACUAGAGGUCUUGACAUCUCCUGCCAAGGUCAUCACAAGUGUUGGUCCAUCCGGCACAGCUCAGGUCCUCGCCAGCAAGAAGACACCCGCCACUGGCUUCAUCCCCUCCAUCCUCGACACCGUAGGACACGUCACGUCAGUGCCGCUUUUGACGAAACCAAUUCCAAAGCCGACCUCUCUGCUCGCAGCUGUGUCAGUGGUUGUGAGUUUAAAGAUAUCGCCGUCGAUCUCCGUUAAAAUGACGGCCCGAGACAUCUUUGUCGAUCCCAUUUCCACGGAUGCGCCACCUGGGAACAUCGGCAGGGAACAGGACCACCCUGUGCCCAGACUGGGAAUCCAAGGAAAAGGCCCGUUCGAGACCAACAAAUUCUACGGCAAUUUCCACCGUGGAAAUCAGACUUCGCCAACCUACCUGCACCCGUACUCGGUUGCGUGGGUGCGUGGCCAGGGAGCGUCUGGGAGUUGGGGUCUGGCCGUCUCUCAUGUCGAGGCUCACCAGCGAGUUUACGGCCAGGCUAGCCCGGUGACGGGCGCUGUGUCGUACUUCAUCAAUCCUAUUGGGAUCCAUUCUGUGUGCCUCUCCGCCAAAGAAUUGGGAAGCGACACCGUCCUCACCUCCGAGGGGCUGACGGACUUUUCGAUCCAAGUCGCUUUGCGCCCAGCCCCCCAGGCCGCUCCCGCGGUGCAGUUUCCCUUGGUUCAAGGCGUGGGCUUCAUCACAGCCAUCUACGAUGGUGCAAGCCCAGUGCUUCAGACGAGCGUCUUUUUCAGAACCGUCACGCGCAUGACUGCGGACCCCAAGCCCGGCGUCACCAAGUACAAGCUCCAACUUGAAGACGGUGCUACCUGGCUGGUGUACGCUCGCCACACCCAAGGCGACCCUCUGGAUCUCGAAGUGGUCAACAACGGGCUAGCUCAAGCCAAGGGGCCGUUCUACGGAACGAUCCAACUUGCCAAGGACCCUGGCGAUGGCGAGAAGGUGUACGACCAGGCCUGCGGCGCCUACCCGGUCGGCGUCCAGCUCUCAGGUUCCGUGGACGGCGCGAAGGGGACCUACCGCUUUUCGUUCAAGAAGCCCGGCACGAGCGACACGGCGCUCGCCAUCUGGACCAUGGGCGAGUCAAACCUGCCGACAAACAUUGGCUUCCUACCGUGGUCGCCGCAGGCCGGGAGCGUCAGCGCCAUCUCCAAUGCCACUAGGCAAGUCAUCCACAACAUCGCCCAGCAGGAGGUCUCGCAGAAUAUUAUUCAGCAGCUGGACGAAAAUUCCAUGUAUUUCAGCGGAAAGGCUUACGUCAACAUGCUCGUCCGCGACAUCGCCAACCCUAGCACGCAGGACCAGUACUUCCCCCUCUGGCGGUGCUUUGACUGGUUCCACGGCCACAGCUGGGCCCACGGACUCUCCGACACGCUCGACGGCAACGACCAAGAAUCCAGCUCGGAGGACACCAUGCACGCCUACGCCUUGAAGAUGUGGGGUUCCAUUACGGGCGACAAGAACUUGGAAGCCCGGUCGCCGGCAUCCUGUUCGAGAACAAGAUCGACCACACGUACCUACUUCGGCAACCGCACCGAGGACAUCCAGGGCAUCCACAUGCUGCCGCUGCUGCCCCACACCCCGCUCAUCCGCACCCCGGCCUUUGUCCGCGAGGAGUGGGACACGUACUUUAGUGGAGGGCGCGAAGGGGCAAUCACCGGCGGCUGGAAGGGCGUCGUCUGGGGGAAUUAUGCGACCGUCGAUCCCAGGGGCGCGUAUGCCUUCUUUGCGGGGGAGGGGUUUGAUCCGGCGUGGUUGGAUGGGGGGGCUAGUUUGACGUGGUAUUUGUGUUAUUCGGCGGCUUUGGGCGGGCUCUGA